CUGCGUUAGGGCAGCGCUGGCUAAAGCCAUGUCAAACACCAAUGUUUUAAGAACUUGUUUAUAAGUCUAUGCGGUAGUAUAUAAAUUCGUAUAUAUUAAAAUACGCACUACUUUGUUUUGUUUUUAUUAAAUACUUAAAGUGUAAAACACAAAACUGUUGUGAUGUUUAUUUUGUUGUUAUUGAGCUACGAAUAAUUGUGAAGUGUUAAAAAUAGUAUUUUUACUAUUGGAUUGCCUGGAUUAUUACAUAAACGUUGAAAAGGCGUGUUUGCCGUAGGAUAUUAUGUCAAGCUCGAAGCCAUACGUCACCAUCACAGAGCAGCCUGCGGGCAAGUCGCAGAGGUUUCGCUAUUUAAGCGAGGUGGACGGCGCCCGGUCCGUGGGUUCGAUCCCGGGCGUGAGCAGCACGGCGGAGCGCAGGACCUACCCCACCAUACGCGUCCACGGGCACAAGGGGCCCUUCGUGGUGCUGCUGUCGCUGCUCAAUCCUCACAACAACUUAGUUCACCCACACAGUAUCACAGGAUCGGAUCCACGAUACACAUGCAGACAUGGAGUGAUCUUCGUCAUCUCAGACGAACCUGAAGUAGUUUUCAAAAAUAUAGGAAUUCUGUGUGUUAAGGGGAAGACCGAGAAAGACGUUAAAUCAGCGUUAAAAAGUCGCAAGGAGAUGAAUAUCGACCCUUUUGGAGCCGGAUUCUCGCACAUAUAUGACCAUCGCCAAAUCAACUUCACGGCAGUCCGUCUCUGUUUCCAAGUGUUUCUGCCGGGACCGAGCUGGACUCCGGCCGACCGUAUGGAUUUGCUGAAAUACGACAGGGGUCUAGCUCCUGUCGCGUCGGACGUCGUUUACGACGCGAAGAAACUAAAUGACCUCAAGAUCGUCCACGUCACGAGCAAUGCUGGGCCCUUAAUGGGAGGGGCUGAAAUGACUUUGCUUUGUGAUAAGUACACAGGGCAGAACCCGGACGUGGUGUUCGAUGACGGACGGGGGUGGUCGCAAACUGCCCCAGCACAGAUAUACCAUAAGCAGCUGGCGAUCGUGUUCAAGGCUCCGCCCUACCGAGAAGAGCGAGACCCCAGAAGUCCAGACUAUCUUCAGGUGCAGGUGUACCUGCAGCAGUGUAGCGAACGCGGCCUGUUGCGCAGUCAGCCCGCCACCGUCAAGUAUAUCUUCCCUGAGAAGAACAGCCAGCUUCAGUUCCCUAAACCUACUCAUUUGGAGAAGCCAAGGAUAUCAUUGAAACAAAUAAGAAUGCACCGGCAGUCUCCCGGUAGCCCCGAAGACGGCCAUCAGAAGCGCGGGCGCAACUCGAAGGAAGACCUCAUCACUUCGCAAUCGGAUGUCAAGUCUGAUCAUACUGCGUCAGACCAGGCUGAUGUCGGUGGAAGAGCUGAUGCGAUACCUUUAUUUGACCCAGAAAAUCCAGAAUUAUUAACACAGGAAUGGAUUAGCAAUAUUGAUCAUCUCGGUUUCAAAUACAAUUGGUCGGACACUGUGAAAGCCUUUUACAUGCAAAAGAGGUUAACUGGAAUAGCUAAAGAUUGGCUCUCGUCAAUACGUCACAGUGACAGUUUGACCUGGCUCGAAUGGAAAAACAAAUUGUUAGAAGCCUUUCCUCCUCGGAGAGUAAGCUACCUGGAUCUCCUGCAUUGGAGGUCGAAAAUGAUAAUAGAAGAUAAAAGUAAAAUAAAAGCGAACAGCGUGCACGAGAUGAAUGCCAAAAGAGCAUACGCUUGUCUUAUUGAAGGUUGGCCUUUACAAAUGAAGACUCCAGCUCAUUGGGGCCACUACGACAACGGGUACGAUACGCAACACUCUUUACAUCCCAAUUACUUAUACCUCGCAGAUAGGGAAGACUCUCGAAAUAACGGUCCGCAGAUUCGACCGAUAAAUUUAAAUAAAGCUGAUCAUAAAUUCCGCAUGAGCAGAUAUGACGCGAUCAGUCCAGAUGAAGAAAGGAGAGGAUCCUGUUGUUGUAAUGACGAUAAGGCUUGUAUGCUAAGUCGUUGUUCAACAAUUAGGCAAAAUGAAAUGAGACCAUCGUGUAUCAUUCAACGCAAUCAAAUACCCGUUGACAGAAGCUGGCAUCAGCCGUGCUCUACAUUAACGUCUAGCUCCUCCUCGCCGUCGAUUGCAAACCCGGCACCAGAUUACUCAAAUGACCAGGACUCGCGCGAGCCUAAGAAUCUGACUGUAUGAUAUUAGUAUUAGUCUAAAUUAUAAGUUUAUAUUACUGCACACAAACUACUACCACUGUUGUGGUAACAAACUACACUAGAAUUAUACUAUGGGUAGGGUAAUACCUAGACAUUAAACGGCUACAGCUACGAGGAAUUUCCGUAAAGUGGAUCAGCAUUACCUAGUUUGAAAAAAUAGUAAUUCUCUACCACAUCACAGAUAUUAAAAUUAUGUAAUUCGCAUAAUGGGAUAGCGAGAAAAUGUGGGAUAUAUUCGUAAUUUCAAGAUUAUUUUUCAUCUUUUACCAUUACCACAGAGAACACCUAAAAAAAAGAGAUUCGUUGGAGAUUUUGGAGUGAUAAGUAACAACUUGGUGGUAACAGCUGGAAAUAACCCGGUAAUGUGGGCGUGGUGGUAACAAUUUGGCAAAGUUAACGGUACCAUAUGUUUUUGAUACAUGGAAACAGAUUGUUUAUUGAUUAGGUAAUUAAUGGAUAUAAAAAUCCUUCAGUCAUUAAAUAUAAGUUAGUUAAGCAAAUUGUAUUUGCGUUUCAAUUUGUAUAAGUAUAGUACGGCUCUUCUCAGGUGAAUUUUUCGCUUCAAGCCUUAAUCUUUCAAACAAAGGCCAUUGUCUCUAUUAUCCCAAAGCCGCUAGCUACCGCGUUAGCACGCGCCAGAACAACAUUCAUAUUGAAAAACAACCGGUAUCGUCAUAGUAUUAAGGUUCAAAUUUAAUGUCACUGAUAUUCUAGAUAUUACGUUUUGGUAGUGUAGGACGAUAGACCGUCCCGAAGCGAUACGGCACUCAUAUUAUUUUGAU